UUACCAAGGCCCUUCUGUGACCCGUUAUAUCUGUGGACAAUUCACGAUCGCUGAUUGCCCUUCGCACCAAUUGAAGACAACGAAGAGGUCCGAAAGAGGAUAUCGUUUCUUUACAGCCAGAAAUUGCGAGUGCUGCCGACCAGCUGGUUCUUGCCGUCGUCAGCCGUCUGCGCUGUUCCUCCCUUCAGUACCGCACGAUCCUCCGUGUUUCUGUCCGGCUGCUUCCUUGCGAUGCCUCGUCGAGCUGCCGGUCCUUCUCUUGCCAACGAUCCUUCCAACGCUCCCUUCUCCUCUCCUGUCUCUGCCAAGGGCGGCAUUGCCAUCAAGGCGCCCAUCUCGAAACCUAGUCGCCUAAGCCAACUAUUCUCUACCUCGCCAAAGUCCAAGGCUGAAUCGCAGACUGCGCAGGGCACCGUCCAGUCUAGUACGGUCGCUCCACCGAUCAGUUCAGCUUCUUUGUCGCUGCCUACAAUUUCUCUUUCGACGGCAACUGCGGGCAAUUCCAACAUGGACGAACCUCCGACCACGUUAUUCCAGCCCCCUUCGCCUGAAGAGGCUCGUCGGCUGGCCAAGCAGCAUGCUCAAUUCGGACCGAUCGGUCAUCACAGCCACCGCUAUUCCAGCCGACAUCCUGGCGGUCCCUUUCCGGAGCCUAUAAUGGAUGAGCCGCCCUAUUAUUAUCUUCUCACCACGUAUAUCAGUUAUCUUAUCCUCAUUGCGUUCGGGCAUGUGCGGGAUUUCUUCGGAAAGCGGUUCCGCGAAGAGAAUUACCGUCAUCUGAAGCCCCGGAAUGGCUAUGGCGCUCUCAACAGCGAUUUCGACAACUUCUACGUACGCCGCCUCAAGCUACGUAUCAAUGAUUGUUUCGAACGCCCCGUGACCGGAGUGCCUGGUCGAUACAUUACACUGAUCGAUCGUGCCACGGACGACCACAACAGACACUUCUAUCUGACGGGAACAACAACCGAUACCCUGAACCUGAGCUCGUACAACUACCUUGGUUUUGCCCAGUCCGAAGGUCCCUGUGCCGAUAUCGCCGAGGCGACACUCCGAAAAUAUGGAAUUACUUCACCAAGCACUCGUGCUGAGACUGGAACGCAAGAUCUGCAUGUCGAGGUCGAAGAGCUGGUCGCCAAAUUUGUUGGUAAAGAAGCUUCCAUGGUCUUUUCAAUGGGAUUCGGAACCAAUGCGAAUAUCUUCCCAGCUCUCGUCAACAAAGGCUGUCUACUUAUCUCAGAUGAGCUGAACCAUGCGUCCAUCCGAUUUGGUGCUCGUCUCUCCGGUGCUUCCAUUGCUAUGUUCAAGCACAAUGACAUGCGGGAUCUCGAGGCGAAACUGCGUGAGGCUAUCAGCCAAGGGCAGCCGCGGACUCACCGCCCAUGGAAGAAGAUCCUUGUUGUGGUGGAGGGACUUUACUCCAUGGAGGGCUCAAUGUGCAACCUUCCUGGCUUGGUUGAAUUGAAGAGACGCUACAAGUACAACCUCUUCAUUGAUGAAGCGCACUCGAUCGGUGCAGUUGGGCCUAGGGGCCGUGGCGUUUGUGAUUAUUUCGGUAUUGACACCAACGAGGUAGAUGUCCUUAUGGGUACGCUCACCAAGUCGUUUGGUGCCAAUGGCGGUUACAUUGCUGCGGAUAAGACAAUGAUUGACAAGCUCCGAGCCACGAAUUCUGGCGUGUUCUAUGGAGAGGCACCUGCUCCAGCAGUCUUGGCUCAAAUUAUGUCGGCGCUACGACUGAUCCAGGGCGAGCUUGUUCCAGGCCAGGGUGAAGAGCGACUACAGCGCUUGGCCUUCAACUCCCGGUAUCUGCGCCUGGGCUUGAAGCGUCUUGGCUUUAUAGUGUAUGGUCACGACGACUCGCCGAUUAUCCCUGUUCUCCUCUUCAAUCCUGCCAAGAUGCCCGCGUUCUCUCACGAGAUGCUGAAGCGAAAGAUCUCCGUGGUUGUGGUGGGUUAUCCUGCGACCCCAUUGGUCUCGUCUCGUGCCCGUUUCUGUGUGUCGGCCGCCCACACCAAGGAAGAUCUCGACCGUGUCCUGACCGCCUGUGAUGAAAUUGGCAAUGUUCUGCAGCUCAAAUUCUCCACGGGCAUUGCGGGCGGUGCUCUGCCGGCAAAUGAGGAACUGACACCCCCUCCGGAGAUGGAGAAGGCCUGGCAUCGCAAGCGGACUCCCAAGGUUGUGCCGCCCAGGUGGCCCAUUGAGGAUGUUAUCAGACGGGGUGUACAAGAUGUCAAAUCGCCCCUCUUUUAGAUAAACGUUCACUACCCUGU